AGAUGAGAGUUUGGAGUAAUAUUUGGCAACAGGAAGUCGGCCACACAUUUUAACGUUUUUGCAAUAUUUUCAGGAAUAAUUGAGGUCAAGGAACGGCAGACGGCAGCUUUCCUCAAAGGAAAAAUACUGGAAAUCAUUAAGGAUUACGCUAUAAGCAUCGAGCAAAUUUUUUCGGUGACGUGCGACAACGGCGCAAAUAUGCUCGCCGCCGUUCGACAGCUAAAACGUGAAUAUGAGUUGGAUCAUUUUAGCUGGGAGGCGAACGAAUCAGAUCAGACAGAGGCAGAGCAAGUAGCGCAAGAUCUUGAAGAUCACAAGCUGACUGCGGCGUUGAACAGCGAGCUACAAGAAAAUUUGAACUUAGUACGCUGCGCUGUACACACGCUUCAGCUAGCAAUUUUGGACGUUGUUAACAAGACGGACGAAGACGUUAAAAAGCUGACCGAGGUGGCAAAAAAAUGCCAAUCUGUGAAAUUCAAAUCAGCGUUUGAAAUUCAAGGUGCCCGGCAUCCACCGGUAUGGGGAGUGACCCGCUGGGGUGGUAUUUAUGAAAUGAUAUCAUGUUUUUUGCAACAAAGAACAUUUUUUGAAAAGCUUGCCGAACAAUUUCCUGAAAUUGAUCUUUCACAGAGUUGGACUUUUGCGGAACAUUACGAAGAGGCAUUCAGACCGCUGUUUCUCUGUACCAAGAAGAUGGAGGCUGCUCACGUGUCUCUGAGCGAGUUCUAUCUAGAAUGGAUGAUUGCAAUACAGAAGGUGAAAAAAUUGCAGUCCAAUCCGUUUUCUGCGCCUCUGGUGGAAACGCUCACCUCCCGUCUUGCAAAUCUGCGUGGCUCAAGAGCUUUCAAAAUGGCAUUAUAUCUCGACACACGCCUCAAUUUUGCAGGAUCUACACUCUUCAGCAGCGAUGAAAAGGAAGAAAUCCAGGGGUACAUUGUUGAGACUUGGAACAGAAUCAAACAUCUGCGAAGUCCUACGGCAACAACAACGACAUCAGAACAAGACAACUCACAAUGCUCGCUCACAGAGGAAAACGAAAACGAUCUAUUGCUCGCAGAACUUUUUGGUGGAGGUAGAAUGAACCCAUCGAUGGCAAACGGGAACAACUUCAAUCAACAACUGAAGGCGAUCGAAGUCGAGCCAAGAUGUAACUUCAACUUCGACGUAUGGAAGUUCUGGAUCGACCGUAAAAAUACACAUCCCGAAUUGAGCGCCGUAGCAGCAGUGGUACAGGCUACGCCGUCCAACCAAGUAUCGGUAGAGAGAGCCUUCAGUGCCUUAGCCUUGGUCCUGACCACAAUUCGAGCGAAGCUGGAUCAAGAUACUUUGUCGAACAUCCUGAUGAUCAAACUGAAUAAGCAGAUUUUUGAGAAAGUAAUUGGAAAACUUUCCAAAUGGAACGAUAAUGAGUAA